AUGUCUUCUAAUAGUGAUUUAUAUGCUACAAGGCGUUGGAUGUAUGAAAGAAUCGAUCCUACAACCAAUAAAGUUUCAAACACUUAUUGUCAAGGGUUGGAAACAUUUUUAAACUUUGCUAAAAGUCAACCUCUGUUUCUCGAGAAGCAAAAGCUGUUUUGUCCAUGUAUAAAGUGUGAGAAUGAUCCAAAGUUACAAGAAGAACGUAUCGUAUCGACACACUUAUACAACAAAGGAUUUAUGCUUAACUAUUGGGUUUGGACUUCUCAUGGGGAAGAUUACAAUAUGUUAAACAACGAUUCUGAAGAAGAUGUGUUCAGAACUGAGUCUCACACAGAGCCAGUAGAUCCUUAUGUGACAAUGGUUUCAGAUGCAUUUGGUAAUACAGAAACAGAGUUUGAUCAGAUGUUGGAAGAAGAGCCUAAUGCUGAGGCAAAAAAGUUUUUUGAUAUGUUGGAUGCUGCAAAACAGCCAAUUUAUGAUGGAUGUAAAGAAGGUCUUUCGAAGCUCUCAUUAACGGCUCGGCUUAUGAGUUUGAAGACAGAUUAUAAUCUAUCUCAAAAAUGUAUGGACUCAAUUGCUCAAAUGAUGCAAGAAUAUUUGCCAGAAGGUAACCACUCACCAAAGUCGUACUAUGAAAUCAAGAAGCUUAUGCGGUCUUUGGGUUUACCAUAUCAAAAGAUUGACGUUUGUCAAGAUAAUUGCAUGAUAUUCUGGAGAGAUGCUGAGAAGGAAGAGAAGUGUUUGUUCUGUAAAAAAGAUAGAUUUCAUCCUACUCAGAAGAUUGGGCAGAAAAAAAUUGCAUAUCGUCAGAUGUUUUAUUUGCCGAUAGCCGAUAGACUGAAGAGAUUAUAUCAGUCUCUUAAUACUGCAAAAGAAAUGAGAUGGCAUGCAGAACACUUAGCGAAUGAUGGAGAAAUGUGUCAUCCAUCUGAUGGAGAAGCAUGGAAGCAUUUUCACAAGGUACACCCUGAUUUUGCAUCUGAACCAAGAAACGUUUACCUUGGAUUAUGCACAGACGGUUUUAAUCCAUUUGGUAUGUCGGGACAUAAUUAUUCAUUGUGGCCUGUAAUAUUGACUCCAUAUAAUCUGCCACCUGCGUUGUGUAUGAAGCAAGAAUUUAUGUUCCUAACCAUUCUAGUUCCUGGGCCAAAUCAUCCUAAGAGAAGUCUGGAUAUUUUUCUUCAACCAUUGAUAGAAGAGCUGAAAGAUUUGUGGGUUCACGGUGUAGAAGCAUAUGAUAUUUCUACUAAGCAGAACUUUCUCUUAAAAGCUGUACUCAUGUGGACGAUAAGCGACUUUCCAGCUUAUGGUAUGCUUUCUGGAUGGACAACUCAUGGUCGGUUAGCAUGUCCUUAUUGUUUGGAUCAAACUGGUGCCUUUUGGUUAAAGAAUGGUAAAAAAACAAGUUGGUUUGAUUGUCAUCGGUGUUUUCUACCAAUUGAUCAUAGCUAUCGGCGGAAUAAAACAAAUUUCAAAAAAGGAAAAGCUGUAGAUGAUAGUCCACCAGAGAUACUAACAGGCGAGGAACUCUACAAUGAAGGGAAAACAAAAGAUAACAUCAAAUCACGACUUGAUUUGCAAGAGCACUGUAAUCGCAAAGAUUUGCACUUAACAGCUGAUGGAAAGGCACCUAUCCCAAUUUUUAGACUACAACCAGAAGCAAAGGCAGUGUUUUUACGAUGGCUCCAAAAGGAUGUUAAAUUUUCAGAUGGAUAUUCCUCAAGUUUAUCUAACUGUGUUGAUCUAGCUGGAGCAAAAUUAACAUGA